AUGGAAAUAGAUAAAACCAAUGUGUGUCAACUUUCUGCAGAUAUUCGUUUUGAACCAGCGGACGGUAAUGCUAAUGCUCCUACUUUUAAUUUCCAUCUUCGUAAUUUAGAAUUUGAUCGGAACACAACGGUAUAUAUUUCUUCUGUGAACGGUAUCGAUAAAAACGUCAGCGAUCAAACAACUUUAACAUUUGUUACACCUUCUUGCUUGGAAAUGCAUAAUAAUUUAAAGAUUUGUUCUCCGCUAAAGGUCGAGGGACUACGCAUGAUAGAUAUUUACAAACAUGAUGGUCUUUACGAUGUUAUCGUUAACUGGGAUAAACCUAGGAAAGAACCGGAUAAUUAUACGAUCCAAUUGGAAACCUUUCGGAAAGAUAAAAUAUUACUUAUAGUACCUGGGAAUGCAACCGAGGCUCAUUUUAUUAAUAUCAAAUUGGAACAACAAUAUAAAGUCAGUAUUAUAGCUGAUUCCAUUGGUGGUUCUAGUCCGGUAUCUAAAAUAAUAACUGAUUGUAACGUGAUGUUAGUUAAUGAAUACAGUCUUUUUCAAAACAUCAUGAUACCGUUAGUGAUUAUAAUGACGAUUUUUAUAUUGGUAACAAUUUGCAUGUUUCUGUUUAAAGGAAGAACAAAUUUAUGCCAUAAACAAUACACGCAUUUUCAGGCUUUAAAUCAAAAGGAAUUUCCUACUAGUGUGCCUAAAUUAUUAGAAGAAAAUAAGGACAUAUCCAACAAUGAUAAAAUUAUUUUACCAUUGGAUAAGUUUGAAUUAUCUCCAAAAAAAUUACAAUUAAAAGAUAUUCUUGGAAGUGGUGCUUAUGGAAUCGUUAGACUUGGAUUGUUUCGGGAUGAUUUCGGUGCUGUUAUUAACGUGGCAGUUAAAGGACUUAAAGAUAAUCCAACUGUCGAUGACGUAAAUAACUUUUAUAAAGAAAUUCAAAUAAUGAAAUCAGCUGGUAAACAUCCAAAUAUAGUUUCAUUAAUUGGUUAUUGUACGAUGUAUAACAAACCAUUGUUGAUCGUUGAAUAUUGCUGCAAUGGAGAUUUGCAAACGUAUUUGAGAAAGAUAUGGAAAAAUACGAUAAACGAUAUUCUUGAUUAUAAAUCGCAAUUUAAAUUCGAACAGUGUUUUCAUAAUUAUGAAAACGAUCAGACUGAUCGAACCGUUGAAAAUCAUUUAUAUGAUAUUCGACAGGAAUAUAUUACUGCGGUCGAUUUAUUGAAUUUUGCAAGGCAAAUCGCUAAUGGAAUGGAAUUUUUAUCAACCAAUCGAAUAGUACAUCGUGAUUUGGCUGCACGAAAUGUUUUAGUAUGCUCUGACAAUAUUGUCAAGAUAUCAGAUUUUGGUCUUAGUCGUGAUAUUUAUCAAGAAAAUGUUUAUAAAAAACAAGGAAGCGGUAAAUUGCCAUUAAAAUGGAUGGCAAUCGAGGCUUUGACACAUCAGAUAUAUACAACUCACAGUGAUGUAUGGUCUUUUGGUAUUCUUUUAUGGGAAAUAAUCACGUUAGGUUGCACACCAUAUCCUGGGGUUCCCACAAGUAAUAUCUUGAAGCUUUUAAAAACAGGAUAUAGAAUGGAAAAGCCACCAAACUGUGGAGAAAAUUUAUAUAAUAUAAUGUAUUCGUGUUGGCAUAUCAGACCUCAAAGCAGACCGACUUUUACGGAAUUAAAGAAUGAUUUGGAUAUGUUACUUAACAAUUAUACUGAUAAUAAAUAUUUAAAUUUGAGUUAAAUAUUACAAGAACUUAAAAAAAAGAAAAGGAUCAGUGCUUUUUGACAAGAAACUAAAAGAAAUUAUAUAAAUGAUUAAAAUAGUUCUU